AUGCUGUCAUAUAUUCGGCGAGCUCAGCGACGAAGAAUGUAUCAAAGAGCCAACUCGGACAGUGGAUGUAGUCCUAACGAACCAGAAUCACCAAGUUCGCCGGUAAAUUCAUCGGCAGCAAACGGACAGAAUAGCGAAGGAUUUCACUUUUAUGCAACCGUAAAGAAACAAAACUCUCUACCCGAGGUUGGAACGAAAAGUUUACUGCAGAAAACGAGGGCAACUGAAAAACGGGUGGAAAAAAUAAAUGACGCCGACAGUGUGGAUUUGACGAAGAAAGCGACAGGCGAUGAAACAACGUUUGAUCAUCCUUAGAUAAAUCUUUUGAGGGUUUAUUCGUUGUAAAUGCUCAACGUUGUUUCCAAGUUGUACUGCGUCAAAGGUGGACGAACUCUUGCGAACUGACGAAGACGAUGUGAAAGUACAUUUUUUUCUCAUCCUGGCUGUGGUUGUGAAAAAUGCUAAUUGCUUUACCACAAAAGAGAGAAUUGCUUGUUAAAGGACCUUUCGAACAAUGUACUGAUCUACCAUAAACAGUGUUUUGUCGCAAAAUGCUUUUCUGAGGCGCAAAUUGAGUUUGGAAAUGUAUCAACUUGUCAAAAAUGGAAAGACCUCGUAAAUAGGUCAUCUUUUGUCUAUCGAGCUCGCUUUUGUCGCAAAACAAGUCGAAACUUCCUUUUUUGCUUCUGAAUUUAAAGUUUUGUCUACGUUAAAGGAUAGUUAAAUAACUUAAUGUGUGCAAAAAUAGCGAUUUUUCUAACGUAAUAUAGAUUUCGGGAGAAAAAACUUCUAAUAUUUUGUUUAAAAAUCCUUGAUGAACUUCUGACAUGUCGGGAAGCUAAAGAAUUUUAAGCUGAACUUCAGGGGGGCAGUGACUUAUUUAAUUUUACUUCAACGUUAAGAGUUAAAUUUCGUGAAGAGUUAUUUUCAGAAAGUCGCGUAUAGAAAGUAUUUCACAAUGAUUUAUGCUAUAGUAAGUAUUUGUGAGUGUGACGGCGUUUUUAAAACAUGAAGAUGAAGAAAAAAGAAAUGGCUGUGGUCUUUAUUUGCCGUAUAAAAUUACUCGCGAUUUUUAACCUUUCUCAAGCAUUGAAAGCUACCCAGCUGGGCUUUGUGUUCUAUUGAAUUUUGGAUAAAAGCAUUUUGUUUUGAUGAAUAAUAUUGAACGUUAAUGAAGGGCAGGUUAUAAGGCAAAGCAGUCUUUAGUUAUUGGCGCAUUUCCACACGUUUAAAAAUGUUUUUAAAGACAUCAAGUAAACUUCACGUUGAUUAAUGAAUUUCAGACUUCAUUUCGGUUUAUUUUCUAAGCCUCUUGUUUGUAUAACCUUGUGAUUCAAGUUUGAUUUAAAUUCUGUACUCUCUUGGUAAUAUUUUUUUUCACCUGUUUUACUACAUUGAAGCGAAAACUUUUGUGCUUCGAACUUAAUCCUCCGAGACAAGACUGCCUAAUUCUAAUAUCAGUGUUUUUUGUUUAAAAUUAAUCAUAAAAUUGCAUUAUAUCAUAUUUGUGCAGCUGGUGACUGAAAACUUCCAUACUCGAUAAAAAAAAUAAUGUAAGUCAAGGAGCAAAUGUACUGGAAAUUCGAAGAUGACGGAUUUCCUACCGUAAUGUUUCAACCCCCCUUUGUUGUUUCAGCCGUAUGUAUGGGUGUAAGGGAGACUAAUCGAAAAGUGAACUCGCAAGGACGCCUUGCUUCAUAUUCGAUUAUAAAUAAGAGCACCAUUUGUAUUCUUUAAAUUCGCUCUUUUUUGUACCAGUAAAUUAAGUACUGAGAGUAACUAUCGUUGCGCAUUUUAUUUCUAAUGCAUUGUGCUUUUGUCUCUUCAUCGUACGAUUUUCCCUCCUCAGCUCAGUCUUGUUACAUCUAAACAGAUCAAUUUAUGCCCACUGCAUGUAUGCGAAAGACAAAGUUCCGCUUUUUUUGGUGUUUUGUCGAUCCGUCUGAGGCUGUGAAACGGCUCUUCAAUUCAUGCACGUAUAAAACACUAAGCGAAGGAUGGUGCUUCGCAACUUCUCAAGCGAACGGCUUGUACCGCUAAAAAAAAUUGUGCUGCAGGAAAGAAAAGCUCAGAAGCUUACAUACGAAAGCCCUUAUUUAGGAUUCCAUCCAACGAUUCAGAAGCUAGAACCACCUUGUACAGCAUAAUAAACAGUACCACAGGAAAGUACUGCUCAGUAGCUUUCAUUUAAAUGGUCACACUUUAGGAUUUCAUCCACAGACUUAAAAGUUAGAACCACCUUGUACAGCAUAAUAAACAGUACCACAGGAAAGUACUGCUCAGUAUAGCUUUCAUUUCAGUCGUUGCAUUCACAGAGUCAAAACUUAGAACCACAUUUAUGAGUUCAUUUGAAUAUCUCAAUGAAAGUCAAAAUCGCCAAUUCAAGAAGCAUGGUAAAAAUAUGCAUGUUAUAUCAGACGAACUCUGGCGCAAAAUAAACAAACCAUUAACCGGACUAGACUAAAAAAUACUGAAGACAAUACCAAAUGCACGGAAAUCAUUUUCCUGAUUAAUAAGUAGCAUUGGUCCGUUUCUCUUAGUGAAGAAAGCUUUGUUUAGUGUAUGGUCUGUGUUCGUGGAGACCAUGAUGGCUAAGUGUAUAUGUGUUUAUAGUGCCAUCUUAAACAAGGAAACCUGUCACUCUUUUGAACACAAAUUAGUCCUUGAUUUUUAUCUUCCGGGGGUCAAUCUUGCAGUUUGUAUACAAUUUUGAAAUGUUUUACUAGAAAAAAUAUUUACGUAAAAAGACGCAAGAGUCUCACUUUCUGGACUUAAAAGCUAUUUCCGAAAAAUUGUCUCAAAAUUCAGCCUCAUUAAAAGAAUGUCUGAAAAUGCUUCCGCAAUAAAAAUUUAGAAAAUUGUCGCUUAAUUUAGAACACCCACAGGCGGAAAACGUAUAAUCGUUCGAAAUUUUACUUGAAUUUGAGCAGAAAGCCGGCGAAUAUAUGGCACUUGCAUAUGUACUGGAGUUGAAACAGUUGACGUAGUUAGGAGGUUUUUCAUUCAGUGUAUACAACAAGAAACAAUAUGUUUCAAUAUAUUUAGAUAGUUAUGAGUAUCAUGUUUCUGACACGAAAAGGAUAACUUGAGGCCUGAGUAGUCACGUUCGCUUUGAUAAGGUUGUUUAAACUCUCAAGUUUCGAGGGGUCAUUUGUCAUAUACAUCCGACUUUAAAACAACUUAAUCCUUAAAUUGCUAUUAUUCAAAAAGCCUUUCGCGUAUCAAAGGGGUCUUGGAGUUGAAAAAAAAGUUAUGACAGUGUAGCUUGGCGCAGCUUUGGCGCGGAAACUAACUGACAAAGGUUGUUUAACUCUAAGAAAUUUAUUUAUAAGUGCUUUAUAUGUUAUUAUUGGUGGACUCAUUGCAGGUGACUCUAAUCGCAAAAUUUGCAAACCUAAUCGUUUUUAAGCUUAAGAAAUAUAUUAUUAAAAACGGUUCAGCCUCUACCGCUCAGUCUUCGCGCAUAUAAUCCUCUUUGAAACCGUCUUGCCCGACCCAAAAUCUUGGCCCAAGUUGUUUGAAGGCCUAUUAGCACUUAUUUUUACAUGAGCUCGGAUUCCUUUGUCCUUUUCAGGGGAAUUUAUUACAUAACCCCCGAAUCAACUGUCUGAAAAGCUGGGUGCAGCAGCUUUGAUUGCGUUGAGGGAAGAGCGGGCAUAAAUGAACAGCAAAUUAAAAUGCAAGGGGAUUAUGUAUUAAUAAGCAAGGGGGAUAAGUCACUUAUCUCCCUUGCAUAUUAAUACAUAAUCCCUCGCAUUUUAAUCAGCUUUUCAUGAAGACUAAAUUUGCAAAUGUUUACUAGGAAAUGCUAAACACGACGCUACAAUUACUGAAAUUAAACUGAGCUGUGUUUUCUUUAACACCACAUUCGGGCAGAUUUACUCAGUUGGUAGUUCAUUGCUUUUUCACUGCCAGGACGACAGUUUGAAAUUGCACAGCGUCUUUAAAAUGUCACUGUUCGGAGCUACCAUGAAAGUGUCGCUGUCAUUUAUUGGUGAGGCGUUUCAUUCUUUAACUCAGCCAUCCCGGACUCGUAUACUCCAUGUAGUUUACCUCUGUGUUUUGUAGUAGCCUUGCUUCAUUCCUCGCCUGAAUUUUCUUGUCCAACGGUAGUGAUCCCUCGCCGGUUCUUUAUCUGUAAACAGGUCGGUUAAAAGAUCCUCGGUGGGAUUAUUGAAAUUGUCAACUGCUUGCUCGUUGUCUGCACGCGAAAUAAAGAUUCAAAAUGUUUUCCGAAAGCUCAAUAGUGAAAUCCAGGACCGCCACAAAAACUGCUUGAGUUAUAAUAAGCAGUUCGGACUCUAAAUCGCUCGACAUUCCUUGGCUGUUUCAGGCAUUUACGAACAACCAGUUCUAAAUACGACUUCGAAAAACUAAGUAACUCGGGGUUAUAUUUAAAUUCGGGGUUCCCUUUCUUUUUUCAAAAGCCUUUUUCCGAUAAUUUUCUCUAUUUUAUGAGGCUGAGUAUGAUUUGUAGAAUUAUGCAGAUUGAGGAUAGUGUUAUCGGCCUCGGCCCAGAGAUCUGAUAACUCUUCAGACCAUAGGAAGACUGAACCCAAUAACUGUUUUAUUACUGAUUUAUUCAAAAUAAUUCUUACUGUAAAAUAAUGCUUAGCUGGAUCGAUGAGGUUCCCGUGUUUAUUGACUGUUCCUCGUCAACUUAAGGACAUCAGGAUAUGUUUACUACAGUUGUAGAGCCUCGAUAUGACGGGGUUCCAAGGAACUGGCAAUGAAAAUAAGAUCGACGCUAUAACGAGGUUUCGUUCGGUAUCGAGGUUCUUUUCCAUAUAUUUUACUAUUACUGGGGCGAGGAAAAUCGUUCGCUAUAUCGAAGACUUCAUCACAUAGAGUUUCGUUAUAUCGAGGUUCUACUGUAGCAGAUAGUCUACAAAUAGUGCGCAGCUACCAUCCGUCGAGUUGUAUUUUUGCUGUUUUUCAGUGCUAUGUUUGUAGUUUGGCUAUCUGUUCUUCGCAAAACGUGUAAAAAUUUUCCGCCAUUUUCCUUAACUCUCCCAAAACAGCUGAUGUCACAUAACCUGUCCGAGGGUCUCUCUGUUGCCGUGCAUUUUUCUGUCGAUAUCCUAGACUAUUUACGUCAUUUCACCGGAUAUCACAAAACUUCUUCCGCUGGCUGCUUAUCAAGAAUAAGCCGGGAGAUUUGAGCAAAUCGGAAACGGAGAAAUAUUUAUGCCUUAAAGUUAAACUCCAAAAUCAGGUUUCCGAUGAAGAGCUAGAACUAUAUUUCUGGUACAAAAGUAAAAUCGUAAUAAAGAAUAAACUCUACUCCGUCUGUUGCAGCUUUUGCAAACACACAACCGCAAGAUUCACAUCGCUCUGAUCGAGCGGAAGAGAAAUCAAUAGAACUGUCGAGAAGUCUGAUAACUAGUACUUUUUACUCUCCUGUCGUAAAUUAAUUUAGCGCAGUGAAAUGACUAGUAAAACAAUAUUGACAGUUAUCAUUCGCUUCCCUAUGUCUACACAUCACAUUAAAGCCGACUAACUGAAGCUUUGUCGCUUUAUUCAAAACCUAAAGCCAAAUAACUUAGCCUUUGCAGAAGUACGAAUUAGAGUCGUGAAUCGCGAUGUGCCAGUUUUUUAGCUGAAUUUGAAUUCCAUUUACAAUGAAAUUUUGUUGUCUGUUUUUAUUUUUUUUUUCCUUAAAUACUAAAAAAUCACCGGAAGAAACCGCGUUAUGUGCCAAGGCUGGAUCCGUCCGUCCCUCUGCCACUUAAAUGAAGCCGGAAGAAAUCGCAUAAACUGCCAAUUAUGAGUUCGUCAAAAAUGCAAUGCUCAGGUGCAGAGGCUUAAAGAUCGUAUUUCCGUGAUAUGAUUUGGAUAAGGAUCACAACGGAAGUUUGGUGAUUAUUUUAAUUAUCAGUAGAUAUUAAUCGCGCGUUUUUUUAGCGGAUAACUAAGAUUUGUGACCUGUAAAAUGUCUUUCAUAUAGGUCAUUUCCUAGUUAGAGGCUUGGGUCUGAACUCAGAAACUUGAGGCAUUACGCAGAUUGAAACACUGAGACCUACGAGAGGUCCUUAGCAACAUUUUUGCACGGUGUAACAGUUAGUUGUUUUGGGGGAUUUUAUUAAACGAAAUUUGGAACUUUUCCUGAUUGAAUUUUUACUUUGGCUCUAUUAUAAGUGAGAACAAUUUUUAAAAGCGGAGAAGAGUCUCGUGAAUUGAUUGAUAAACGUUGCUACUUUUUACCUUGCGAAAGUGCGAAAGAUAAGAAUUUGCCAGAAGGUCUCACCAUUAAAAAAGUUUGGUCCAGUAGUACGCAAACUGUUUUUACUUCAAACAGAUAUUUUUAACAACCGCUUUUUGGCCAUACAAAAACAUAUUAAAAAGUUUGAAGUCGUAUGAUUUGAAACCUUGUCGCUAACCCCUACUAUUGAGCUAAUUAAAAAAAGCUCUAUUAACAUUGUCUCAUGUGGAGAAUACCAAGCAGCUCAUUAAAGAAAAGAAUCAACCUUGAAAUAUAUAGAAAGUUUAAUUAUAUAAGAAUAAAAUACUUUGUUAAUAUUCCUGUACGGACCGACUAUUUCAGUAACUGAUUUUAUGAGUUGACCGCCCCAGUAUUCACUUUGCAAUUUAAAUAAGUCAUUAAUAAACUUUCAAGUACUUUGUUAGUUGUAAGACAAAAGAACUUUUUACACAUGAACAGCACAAUAGACAUAACAAAUGAAUUUCAAUCAAGCAUUUCUUUUCUCAUGUCGUCAACUUCCCUUUGAGUAAGAGAAUAUUGACCUAAACCCCCCGUGCCAUUUUAAUAUUCAGGUACGAGUUAAUAACAAACGCUGUUUCUAGGGGCAGAUGUCUUUUUGUUGACACAGGACGACAGAAAAUCAUCGUAAAAAGUCAAAAUCGGUUCCGCAAAGAUGGAGUUAUAAGUCGUCCAUGGUAGCUUUGUGUUAUCGUACACAGCGAAAGAAUAGCUUACAACUUACUGAAACCAGGCAACGGGAAAAAUGUUGUCAAAGGCAACAAAUAGCUGUGAGAUGAACUAUUUCUAAGCAUUAACAAGGAGUUAAAAUGACCACAAUUUUGCGUGUGAACGCACUGAAGGUGAGUGAAAAUAAGAAGUGCUUGUUUUGGUUGUCUCUCGGCGCGGCACGGUCUAAUCACUUCCACCGCCUGUGGUUUCUACGGAUCACUACACUUCGUGCUAUUUUACUUGUAUUAAACGCAACCUCAAAAUGUCGUUUUUGGACUUACAGGAUGAAUCCUCAGCCGCGGAAAUGAAGAAGAAGACGAAAGAAAUGAAAGUGCGAGUCGUAAAGGUAAUUCAAUACGCGAUAAGGUUUUAGUCAGUACAACUCCGCUUGGAUCACUAAACUUCCGUCUUAUUUUGUCGACAAGAGCAUUCUAUCCGUAGCCAGAAAUUUUGAUUGUAUGUUUUCUAUACCUGAGCAGGAAAAGUGUGCUUUUCAGAUGACGGGAUAUAAUCUGAAUGCGUACUGUAAUUACGGCAUCAGGGGACCGUACAUUAGUCGUAAACUUGGGAAAUAAGAACAAUCAUUAUGGUACUAAAAUUCGUUUGACAGUCGAAACCUGUGGUUAUAUUCGAGCUAUUUUAGAGAUCGAUUGCAUUAGAAAACAUCGAGUAACUAUGCCCUUUCAAUCAUUUAUUUAAACAUACAUCGGAAAUGAAAUCUCAAGCAAUCUAAACUUGAAAACAAUGAGCGAGAUGCACAAGUGUGAAACCGGCAAUUACGGUCGUUUCUGCACCACUGACUUAAAUGGCAAAUGUUACUGCGACUUUCGUGCAAAACAACUGAAAGUAAAAGCUAUUUUUACCUGUCAAAAUAAGUCCAUAUUUAUACGAAAGAGGGGGAAAACUUGAUUUCGACUACUGACAAUUUAAUCAAGCAGAAUUUAUUUAAUCAAUAUCGACUGGCGAGACUCAGUGAUCUGCUCAUUAACUUAUUGCUAAGCAACAUUUUGGCCUCUUAAAUUUUCCAGUUUAAGGCCGAUGACCUAGUCGGAUUGAUGCGAUACUAGAUUUGAAGCCUCGAAUUCAACUGCUUUACACUUAAGAAAAUAUAUUGAGUAUUCUAAAAUGAAUUAUAUAGAUAUAUAAUUCAAAAUUUUCCCCGGUUUUAUGUAAGCAGAAACUGAACAAAGCGUGGUCCCUUAUUGACGAAAAAGGUCGAAAGUGGUUUAUCGUCUUAACUCGAUAUUUCUUGUCUUAUUAACAUAGAUAUGCUAUUCACAGUUCAACUGUAAGUUAUUUUAUUAAAUCUCACUCGCUAAAGGCUUUUGGGAAGUAUUUUAGGAAAUAGUUAUUAUGGUGUUAAGCUGUCUCUCUUGCGUAUUGUGUACGCAAACGAUAUAUAGUCCUAAUCAAACAAGGAAGACGAAACUAUCAAAUCGGUUACACACUACUUGUCUUCUGAGAUAAAAUAUGCAUAAUCCCUUAAACGUCAAAAUAUGAUCAAAGCAAAUAGGAUCAAAAGAUCAUUUGGGUUUAUAUCUUGCUAAAACGAACAAAAGGGACUGAGUAUGUCACCCACACGUUCAUUGCUCGAAAGUGGACAUUACCGAAUGAAUGAAUUGACGUGUUGCACACUUGUGAGCAAACUAAUGCACGCACGUCCAAAUCACGUACUACUAAAGUGACAACACGGCUCAGACUUUUGUAAAAUUUAUCUUAUAGAGCUAUUAAGAAUUUUAAGAAAUAAACUGGGAAUUCAAUUCACCUUAAAUAUUAGGUCACUUAAAAUUACGUGAGUUCGUGCGUGCUCAAAAAACAGGUUCACUUAAUUUUACGAAGAUAUAUCGGUCGUGUUCAAAUAAAUAUGCCAUUUCCGAUGACGUUAAGGAUACUUAUGUUCUUGUCAAAAGUAAAUACGAUUUGCAAUUUUCUCAGCUGCACGAAAAGCUUUUCAAGAUCUAUCGUGAUAUACACAAUUAAGACGCCAGUAAAUGGAAGGAUUUGGCACAUUAAAAUUUUGGGUAACAAAUUAUGGCACUUGGUCGAACUUAGCGAUAUUGGUCUUAUGACAGGCGGAGUUGUUUCCUCGUACAAAAACAUUAAUUACACAGAUACAGUGCAAGCUAAGUUUGAUCAGAUAAUUCCCGAUAAAAAUUUUAGAUCCUUCAGAAUCAUCACCAAGUUAUCUAGUGCUUUUUUGCACGUUGAUAAUCGACUGAAGAAAAACACAACGGGUUUAAAACUUCCUUCUGAGCAAAUGGCGAGGUGUUUCACCAUAGUUAACUAUGGUUUCACGAAGAAAUGUCUGGUAAAACGUUUGUACCAUACUCAUCCCCAGCGUUAAAAUCACCAUAUAGAUUACUCUACUAUGGAAUUUUAAAUGAAGACCUUGUGUCAAAGAAUUUUAGCUAAUUUUUGGCUCAGCUCGGAUUCGGCAAGGAGACGAUCCUUUAUAAACUGGGGAGUUAAAUCGUCACGUUUAUUUAGUGAAGGGAAAAGUGUUCACUUAUAGCUUUGUCUUCAGUCCUUGACGACUUUGAUGAACUGCCUCAAAAGAGUCAACAGUUCUUUAAUAAAAGUUAAAGUUUAUAAAUAAAAUUUUAAAGUUUUUUGGUGAAAAAUGAACCUUUUAAUAUUCCUCUAGCGGUGAACCUGUGAUCAGGCGAUUUUUGAUUUGUUUUGUGUUCUUUUUUGGCGGGGAAAAAACCCCAAAACAAAACAAAAAUCGCCUGACGCAGGUUAUUCCUCUAGGAAAAGGAGUGAGUCGUCCUAGACUCCAGGCUCUUCUCUCCUCUAUUGCGCGUGGCUAAGCAUAAGACUCGAGUUUCUGGUGCCGAGAAUCAUGACCAGAAGAAACGACGAGGUCUGGGAACGAGAAUGGGAUAUGAUUUUGACACUAGCACUGGUUACGCAUGCGCAGUCUUAAGCCAGAAUUACUGAGCAUUUUAGUGGCCUCUUUGGCCUCUAAAAAUAAAACCCACUUUUAUGGACUGACAACUGAAUUAGACUAAUCUCAUGUGUCCAUUGUACUUGUUAUUGCUCUUUUACAAAUAACAUCAUUGUCUACUGUAUAAUCACCCCAUGACUUCCACACUAACGCAUCAGGGUUUCUUGCAAACCAAAAUGUAACUUAAUAACUGCAUAUUACCGUGAAAUUUGCAUUUUAGGCCACCGUGAAGUAUUUUCACAUUCAAAAGAACGUAAGCUUCUUAACUUAAUUUGUUUUUGUGUGAUUUCUGGACCUAAAUGUAAUCGUAAAUGAACAAGAAUGCAAGCUUUCACUGGAAUUCUAACUUUCAGUAAGCAAAUGUUCACCCAGGUAUGUUUCUGUCGUAGUCGGAGAAAGCAAAGUUCCGAUGUAAGGGUGAGUAAACUAUAUCCACCACCGUUAAUCCGCAUCUUCACGGGUAAAUUACGAGCUUUAUGCGCAAAUCUAUAAUUUCAUCAGGUAAUAUACACAAAAUAUACAGUUUUAUAGAACACCAUUACAAGUACCGUAUACUUUAAGGGUUGUCUCAGGUGCACGUGUUGUAGCACGUGAUGUAGCCCAUUUCGAUUAAACUGCAGAUACCUAAACCUCACAUUAUAUUAAGGCUUAAUUAACUUGCUAUCUUAAUAAACCAAGAAUUUUUCAAAUACUUGUACUGUCGAUUGUUAAUGAAUUUUUUUAUUCAAACCGCACUACAUUACUGCAGAAUCGCUGUAACGAGUCAAUCGUUUUUCUCUUUCCCUUCCUUUAGAUGUUUGAUUUGUUUGACAAAGUUAUCGAGUUUAAUCACAACCCAACCAGCGAGUCAGCUAAAAGAAAACUCGACGUGGUAAGACUAAUCCUAAGAGUAAAGGUGAUUGUACACCAGACGAUUCGCAACGACGAUAGCGCAACACAGCAUUACAAUAUUGUUGUGACGUUGUUUCGAAUGAUUGCAACAUUGUUCUAAUAUUGCUACGCUGUGUUGCGCUUAAAAUCGUAGUAACAUCACCUUAAGGGAGGGGGGUGGAGUGAAUUUGAGCUUUUUAUGUCCCUUCUCUACGUUCACUUGGUAAAAUUUCCAUCACUUUCCAGUGCUCAUACUUAAAUAGAUUUUGUAAUCAAGUUCAGAUAUAACGCACACUCUGAUUGGUUGAGAAAGCGUGUUUUAUGAGAGUAUAAAACACAGAGCUAAAGCCAUCACGUAAUCUGCCAAAAAUUUUCUUUUGAAAAUUAGAAAGCAAUGGGUGGGGAAUUUGAUGGAUUCUUCAACACAAAACAAAUUAAGACGCCUUGACUGUGCUCUGUUCUGUUGUAAAGCACUUAGGAAGCGGUUAGAGCAUUCAAGAAGUAGAGAGAACUGAACACUCAACUACGUCUCUUGGUUCCACCUAUAAUUCUUUCGUACUAUAGCCGCUUCCUGCGUGCUUAAAAUAGAACAGAACACAGCCAAGGCUUCUUUAUUUGUUAAAUUGGAAGUACUGUUAAUCAGUUAAGGCUACAAUAAGAAGUGUUUUUACAAGGUGAAACGUUUCGUAGGACCGAACUGUGUGCAUGCACAAUGUGAUUAAAAUGAUACGAUGUAUCUCUUUCAGGAAAUAGAGAAGCUUAAAGCUCUUCAAGAACAAGUUGAGGUAACAAAGUUACAUAGUAGUAGACGGUAUACGUUAUUUCUUGUAAAAUCAAUUCGCUGUCAUAAUAACUUUAUAAAAGCAAAGCAUCCUUGAAAAUGAUUUUAAAAGGAAUUUUUCCUUGUUCGCAGAAAGAGCCCCCGAAAGUGGAUUUGUUCCAAGACACAGAGAAUCUUACAGAUGCACAAGAAUAUGGUACAGUAAACGCAUUAUUUAGACAUUUGUAGCUCGAAUUCUUUUCAAUCGUAUGGUUACGGUGGUAGGCCUGAAAUUCAGAGGUCCUGACUUUAACCUUCGCUUUUCACAAAUAUAUUGGGUUGUUUUGAGGUACAACCGAGUUCAAAUCCUCCCGUAGACGGGUGACCGUUCUUUGAAAAAGGCCACAAAGGCGAGACAUCUACAUGUGAAAACUUCAAACCAAAGGGAAAUAGCCAAAGUUCGAGAUAUAUUAAAAUUCUAACAUGACUCAGAGGCUUUAGGGUCAAAAUUGCAAAUGUUUCAAGACUCCAUUGUCUCGCAAUUCCCAAAAGAGACUUGAGCACAAAGAAAAGCGCCAGAAAACGUCGGAGUCAUGUUAGAAUUUUAAUAUAUAGAACGUGGGCUACUGGUGAUUGGUAGGAGGUGAAUAAAAAUUCUUCCUCGGCCAGCCCAUAUAGACUUUUGAUUUAACUGUCUCUCAGUGGACCACCAGCUGAUCUACUCAUAGGCAGAUUUGUAACCCAAAUAAUUCAUUUUGCAAACUAUUCUAAUUUGUGUGGUGGUCUCAGAAUUCCAUUAUCGUGCAAAGUUACACCGUAUCUGUUUCGAGACAUCCAAAGUAAACUUUAUGGAAACAGGGCACCCAUUUAGUUAAAGGAAUGUUGUCAGUCAGUUCAUUUUCUGUUGACUGACUUGCUCAUCUAUAGUAUAGUUAUUAUUAUUAUUAUUAUUAUUAUUAGUAGUAGUAGUAGUAGUAGUAGUAGUAGUAGUAGUAGUAGUAGUAGUAGUAGUAGUAGUAGUAGUAGUAGUAGUAGUAGUAGUAGUAGUAGUAGUAGUAGUAGUAGUAGUAGUAGUAGUAGUAGUAGUAGUAGUAGUAGUAGUAGUAGUAGUAGUAGCAGCAGCAGCAGCAUAAUUUUCUCGUGUCAUCUUCUUUUCAGAUAAAUUUUAUAUCCAAUAUGUAAACCACGUUUCGGAAGGUUUGGAAAAUUUAAGGAACAGUAUGAUUCAGUAUAUUCAGGUAAGGACGUAAAGCGUCAUUUAUUCCUUUUUAUCUUAUUAAAUGAUUGUUAUUAAUUUUGAAGAACAAGUUAUAAAGCUUUCGUCACUCUGAUUUUAGCUGACAUAAUUCAUUUUCAAUGUUUUUCUAGGAUAAAACAAAAGCUGAGCAACUUCUGUCCAAAGAAAAUAUGAAACUCAAACGUAAGUUAAUUAUGUUUGUUUGUCAUGGUGAGACUGACAAUAAAAAGCGUUGAUGAAGGGAUGAUGAUGAUGAUGAUGAUGGGAUUAUGAUGGUAGUGGUGGUGGUGGUGAAGGUAGUGCUGGUGAUUACAAUGAUGAUGACGAUGUUGUUGUUGUUGUUGUUGAUGAUGAUGGUGAUGACGAUGAUGAUGGGAUUAUGAUGGUAGUGGUGGUGGUGAAGGUAGUGCUGGUGAUUACAACGAUGAUGACUAUGUUGUUGUUGUUGAUGAUGAUGAUGAUAAUGAUGAUGGGAUUAUGAUGGUAGUGGUGGUGGUGGUGAAGGUAGUGCUGGUGAUUACAAUGAUGAUGACGAUGUUGUUGUUGUUGUUGUUGUUGUUGAUGAUGAUGACGAUGAUGAUGGGAUUAUGAUGGUAGUGGUGGUGGUGGUGGUGGUGAAGGUAGUGCUGGUGAUUACAAUGAUGAUGACGAUGUUGUUGUUGUUGUUUUUGAUGAUGAUGAUGAUGAUGAUGGGAUUAUGAUGGUAGUGGUGGUGGUGGCGAUGGUCGGGGUAGUGCUAGUGAUUACAACGAUGAUGACGAUGUUGUCAGUUGUUGUUGUCGAUGAUGAUGAUGAUGAUGAUGGUACUGGUGGUGCCGCUCAAAACACCUUUUUCCAUGUUUCUAGUAGGGUAUUUCGUACCAUACAUCGAGACGUACUGAAGUACCUAGUCAUCGAUUCAAGCUGUAAAAACGUGUAAAAUGCGCAUGCUUUUGUUUCUUAUUUACUUGGUGGCUCCGUAUUCCUUUUAUUGCAAAUGAUAGACUGAUCAACCACCGCUUUAUUUUACAGUUGAUUUGCAGCGGGAACAAACCGAGUCCAUGCAUCAACAACAAAAGUAAGUAGACUAAAUGUCCCUUAAAACUAACACCGCGUCUCCUUCAGGGCCGACUCUUUUGGUGCAGUUAAAAAGGAAAGUGCCUUUUGGCUGUAAUUAGCCAGUUUUGGGUUAUGAUGUUGGGUCGCCUUGUACAUUGGGUUAAAAUGCAAUUCUUAAUUGUGACGAACAGUUAAUUUUGCUUUCUUUCUCUUUAGACAUGAGUAUGCUGUAGCAGAAAAGAAUACUGUCAUAGCCACGUGUAGGAAGUUGGAGGAACAAUUAGAGGACCGAGCAAAGCAAAUUCAACAGUAAGUUACAUUUGUAUUGUGGAGACUGAAUCUUCCUGCAUUGGUAUUGAACUCAUUGACUUGAAAAAUUAAUACAGAAAUAUUAUCUAUGAAACUCAUACUUUACUGUGAAAAUAUUUUCCAGGCUUCAACGAGAAGGAACCGUUAGUUUAUGGCAAAGGGAAAAGGCCAAACUAAUAAAGGAUGUACAAUCAAGGUAAUCACUAAGUAAACCGUAAGUGCUCAGUGCUUCAUGGUAAGACGGACGCACUCAGUUCCUAAACCUUCUCUUUUGCCUAUGUUUGCGCGAAGUCUGGCAAGGGAUGAGUCUCUUGCGAUGACACCUUUGCGCAAAGUUGGGAUGAUGAUUCGGUUUGACUGAGGACAACAGAGUUUAAGAUAAGGCCUGAGAUAAGGCCUGAGGACGCGAUUUCUCCAUUGAAAGCUUGUCUGUUGAUAAUAAAAGAGGUGAACAUUUGGCGACAUUUUUGCAGUUUUACUUUUGUUUUCGCGGAAAUAGAUUUCGUUCGAAAGUGACCGCUGAAGUGACUCUUUUCACCUUACGGUGCACGAAAAAAGAUCUAGCAAGACUGCAAGAGAAUAACAGAGCCCGACGCAGAAAACAGAUUUUCACAGUUGACAUUACUCCCAAUAUACAAACGUAUGUUCGUCUUUUUCCUUUUUUCAGUGAAGAGAAGUUAGCCCAGGAGCUUAAAGAAACAAAAACACAACUGGAAGACACUAAAUCACGACUAAAUCAGAGAAUAAUGGUAUGGGAUAUUUAAUUCAUCAGUUUGCAGUGGUAGGCAGUUAACUAAAUGAUUAAAGAAGACAGCGAUAUCUCCAUAUUCAAACAACUUGCCUUUCGACGAAAGCUACAUUUCAGCAAUGCAGGCCCAAGCCAAAAAACGGCUCUAGCUUCUCUUUACGAAGCACAGAGCGUUUCCAGCUCAUGUCUCUUUUCACAUUCUUUUCCUUUAAAAACUGGCCCAUUUAACGUAUUGUUACUUGGCUAGAACAUCGCUUCCUUUACUCCUUUCCUAUUUCCUUUCCUUAUAGGAAUUAAUGGAUCAAGUUAAAUAUCUAAAACUGGAAAAGCACGUCAAAAACGGAACGAUACGAUCUAAUGGUGGUGGUGGUAAGCGAUUCUCUAUUUUAAAAUACAAUAGCAAUGUGCCACCGUGUACGCCUUAUAUAUUCUUUGAAAAUUUAAGUAAGAUUAUAUUAUGAUCACCAUGGUAUAUGAUCGCUACGAAAUUAUUCUGUACUGCGGAUUUGGUUAUUUUUGGUGAGCGCUUAUCGACAGAGAAACACUAAAAGGGAUUAAUGUAUUUUUGUUUUAUCUGCACGUAAUUUUUGUGCAAUUUAGUCACGAAUUUAAUUGUUUCUCAAUUUGGUAUAUUCUUGUUCUCUUUCAGUCGGUAAUAUUCCUCCGGGUGAGUUGGAAAAAGUACAACAACAAUUAUUUCUUAAAGAUAGGGUAUGUGUUUUGUGUUCUUUUCUUUUUUCCCACCGAAAAGAGCCAGUUUGUUAGAAAAUAGUCCAGACUGAGGUCUAAGGACGAUUUAAAAUGCGGUGUUCUGAUGUGGCUAGCACCUUGUCCGCCCAUGCAUGGGAGGUGUCCAUUAGAGGUUCGACUGUGUUGGUCGAUAUAAAAAUGACAAAACUAAGAAGGAAAUACAGACGUACGGGCGAGCAAACAAACAAUAAUUGUGAAGCCGACAUCCCAACAUAAGAACAGAAAUUCCAGCAGACGGAAGGGCAGGUAGAUAGAUAAACCAACAGUUUAAGCGGACGGACAGUUCGACUAACAGACUGCAGGGAGACUGAAAGAGGGAUAGACGGACAGACAGAAGGGCGAAAGAACCAAGGACGGAUAGACAAAGAACUGUUUACGCAAAGUAAAAAAUCAUAUGUGAAGGGAGAAUUGCAUGAAGGUAUCACUUUUUGGACGGAGAGGGGUGUACAGGCCUAGGUCAGCUUUCGAAUUUUUUGGUACCCUCGGGACUAGAAAAUAGCUUAAAUUUAAUAAAAUAUACCUUUUUGAAGAUAACAAAAAUGCAGUUUUGGGCAACAUUUGUGGUCGAAAUCUCCAGAGAGAAGACAAACAAGAGUCCAAAUGUUGCACCUCUUCGUCUAGACAUUAAUAGCUGCCUAAAGCAUAAAAAACGAUGGCAACAGGACGUAGACUGAAGAGAUGCACUAAGUGCAGAGACAAUAAGUCUUAAAAAUGUGGCAUUUCAAUAAAAUUCCGACGUGGUAGAAAUAAUCAGAAAUACUUUGUCAGUUUAUUGUUUGUUUUUUUUUUUACACCAUAACAAUUAAUUUUGUUUUCAGUUAUUAGUUGUAGCAGAAGGAGAGAUUCAAAAGCAACAAAAAUACUAUGUAGGAUUUAUUAGCGGACUUAGUAGAGACUUCAGGUAAUAAUCCGAAGGGUGGAUUACAACAGAUAAAAAAAAAAUAUGCAGGGACGGCGGAGCCGGGGAGGUUGUGGGGGCAGUUACCACUCCAAUUUUCUAAAGGAAAAAUGUUUUUGUUUAAGAAGAAGGUACAUGCUGUAAGCGCUAGUAGUACCUGUCAUUUUACACCUUAUCCAUGUUGCGAUUUUUUUAGAGAAAUAAUUUAUUGAGAAUGUUUCGGAGCCUCUAUAUUUCAAAGUGUUCUGGGGGAGGAUGCCCUCAUACCCCUUCCCCAACAAACUUGCGUCUCCGGAGCGAGAUUUCAAGCCCCCCUCCCUCCUCAGCAUUGACUGCAGGGCUUCUGGGUUUUUAUGUCAAAUUAACCUCCUCCUUCGUUUGAUUUUUCUUAUUUGUUGUUGCUUCUGAUGCUGUUUUCAGCAAUUUUUUUGACGAACCAUCAAGCAGUAAAAGAGUGACAGGAUAAGAGUGGAAGUCAGACAAAAAGGGAACAAUUUCUUUUUAUAGAAAAUACCGAAGGGGGGUAUGUUGAGUCGCCCAUGUAAGGGUAUUCGGAUUCCUGAAUCGAAAGAAUUUUUAUGUGGGAAUCCGAACAGCAGGAGAUUUUUGCUUGUGGAAUGAGGAAUCCUGGUCUUUAGAAUCCAUAAUCCAAGUUUCAAAGACUGAAAUAAUCCGGUGUCCAGUACCUGGAAUCCGGAAUCCACAGCGUGGAUUCCAGAACAUACGCCACUUACGCAUCUCCCAUAAUGCACCUUAUUUGCCCGCUAAAAUUUUGAAUAAGCAUUGUUUUCAAUUUCUCCAGGGAUGGCUGUAAUACCCAGGAGAAAUGAAAAACAAAGGUUUUGCAGAAUUUGGGGGGAGCGGGGGGGGAUAAGGUGCAUUAUGGGAGAUGUGCAAGUGACGUGUGGCGUAUAGUCCGUCUUGGAUGACCUUACAUGGAGCGAGUAAAGACAGGCCUUUAAGAAUACAAUUAGAGCUUAUUUUUAGACGUUUGCCGUCUGUAACAAAGCAAAUUUAACGCAAUUCUCAAACAUGUUUAUUAUAUUGUAGGAUUAUGCUUGAACGACAACAUUUAACUGUUAGAGAUUACAAUAAAGAUCAAAAGGCGUACGCGUCCAUGCUGAAUAAAAUGUAUGUGGCGGCAAAAGAAGGUGAGUGAGAGUUUGAUUCAGCGGCAAGCGUUGGAGAUUUAUGUUUGCUCCUUCAUUCUGGCGUUUCUAAGAGAGACGUCGUAAAGGAUUGUAAAGUGCUAAUGGACUACACAGAACUAUCGCUAAAUAAAUGUCACCUUUUAUCAUCAUCACCGUUAUUAUUAUCAUAAUUAACUAGGGUGGAUAAUUAGGAGCGCUAUUAAAUCCUAUCACACUCCACCUGGCCUUUUAAAAUGGGCCUACGGCAAGAAAAGCAAUAUGGUGAUAAUCUAACCCAAUACUUUAUAAUUAGUCGACGGGACUGGGUCACAUUUUCUCUACCGACUCAUAGUUCAAGGUGCUUUAUUGUAUAAGGAUACUUUUUGGGCCAACACGAAGUUUCUCGUGUCCUAAUAAAUCCACUGAGCUAUGAAGUUUAUAUUCUUUUAGGAACUUUGACGGAAUUUAGAGCGACAUUACCAUCUCACUAUCUUGGAAUAAACGAGGUAAAUGUAAAUUUUCCGCGAUAGAGAGUAGUUUUCAUUACCUUGUCGCAACAAUGGUUAUUUUGUGCCGUUAAGCAACCUUUCGAUUAAUUAUUAACUUUUUCCUCAUUUUAAGGAUCUGAGUGGUCAUCCGUUGGGUAAAAAACUCUCAAGACCAUUUCAAGAUUUAGAAUCGUACUUACAGGAAGUAGAAGACACUGAGUUCAGGUAAAAUAAGAGUGAUUAACAGGAAUUAUUUGAAAAUUCUCUUGCUAUUUUCCCCAACUAUGCACUGCCAAAGCAGCUGAGCGGCCGGGCUCGUGUCUUUACGUGGCGUCAAUUGAUCAAUAUGUUUUGAAGUAUUGGACGAUUGACGUAAAUCUUUUGAAUUUGUUCGCUUUUAGCGCUGCGUUAUGAUAAAAUAAGCCGGAGCCAUAAUCAGUAACAUAAGUAGUUGACGCACUUGUCUAAAACGCGCGCUUUUAUCAAACAAUUUCAUUCAUUGAUUAUACUCUAAUACGGUUUAAACGCCAUAAAACCCCCCACCCAACCCCUGAAUCAAUGUUGUUUGUGGUUGAAGAAAUACUUGAGGGUUUUCAAUACAAUACUAGUUUGGGGGGAGGGGGGAGUACAAAGGGGGAGGGGACAAAGAUAUGUCCACUACGCAAAAAAAGGCGCCAUUCUCAACACUUUUGUCCUGCAUUGCAGCUUAAGAUUAUUAGAAGUAGAAAAGUUUUUAGACGUAAUGAGAAUGACUAAAAGUUUUUUCUUUGACUGUGAACUGCAGGGUCGACAUCAAUCAUCCUCUAUUAACUGGCUGGAGGGAGGGAAGAUCACCGAGCGCAAAGGCUAAUUAUGCCAGAAAGUUUUCGAAAUCAAAAUCAUCAAAGGGUGAGUACUUCCCCAGCAUGGGCUACUACCAGUAGUCAGGUCUUUUCACUUAGCUAAAAACAAGACUACUUUACUUUCCUAGACUGCGAAUACAGCUGUAUUUCCUUACUCCUCACCAAUAGAGACUCAUUACGGGCGGCGAGGAAGUAGGGGAGAUGGCCAUAUUCUUUGCAGGCUACUACGUUCUCUUCUAAUUAAAAGGAAACAUACUUACCAAACACUCCUGUUUCAAUAAACAAUUCUUUUCCCAACUUCACAGGCUGCCCAAGCUUUUGAGGAGAGCAUAAAUGAAACUGUUUCACAUUCUGAAUAAUAAUGAGAUCGGCAAAAUUUAUGAGCUUGUAUGGAAAUACGAAAAAGCAUUCUCAUAUUGGUACAAAACAUAAAGAAUUAUGAGGUAGAAAAGAUAAUUGUAAUUUGACGGGUUCUGUAUCGAUUUGACGAGGUAAACUAAGCAUUUAGAAUUAAUCAAAAUUAAGUUGGAAAAAAUUCCACACUUCUCCACACUCAAAGGUUUAUAAUUUUUGUCGCAAAUGAAAAAACACCUUCAACCUCCAAAGCAUACUUAAAGGACUCAAAACUACCUCAUUUUUGCGUCUCCGCUGCCUCAUUCAAUUUUAAGAUACACAGAAUUGACGUUUCCUUUAUGUGUGUCCGUUUAAGCCACAUUCAAGCUCUUCUUUUGCUCUAGCAUUGCGUUUAACUAGCAAGCAAAAAGCUUGCACGUGUUCAAAAAGUGUUUAAUUAGCAAAACAACAAGUUUUCUUUGGUGUGCAUCACAAACAUUUGUUUAGCAAAACAACAAGAUUGCACGUGCACUACAAACAUUUCAUUAACAAAACAACAAGAUUUCACGAGCAUCACAAACGUUUAAUUAUCAAAACAAGAAGAUUGCACAACAGUUGAAAAUACCGCAUUAUUUGGCCCCGUCCACAAGUAUCCGUUUUUGUUUGAAACCGGAGAUUUUUUUGGUCACCGAAAACGUUAUAUUUUCAAAAACGUCCUCCAGACUGAAGAUUUUUGAAAACACUGGCUUCUCGUUUACGUGUGGACGGACAAAAACGGAAGUUUUCGAAAACGAUGAUGUCAUUCAUCAUUUACUACCAGCAUUACUUUUCCAUUGUUUAACGUUUUCUAUGGACGGGCGAAAACGAUUCGAAUACGCUACCUGUGAACGCGUAUAUUUUUGAAAACGGAGCAAAAAGAUCUCCGUUUUCAAAAAUAUCCAGAUAUGUGUAAAUGGGGCCUUUGUUGCGGAGCUUCCACUAUGAUCUGUUUCAAGUUGACUUUUCAAAUCUAUAGAGCGUUUUCACUCACGUGGUCAGCAUCUAUGCUAAUUUAUUGGAACAAAAGAAAGUUUUUACAUAAGAAAAGAGUUCAACUCCCACAGGACUGUUGGAACACCAACAAGGCCGCCGUUUCAUUGUUUUGGAACACCAAUAUAGCCGCUGUGACGUCAUGUGAAAACGCUCCAUUGCAACGAAAGAAUUCGUUGGUUUGGGACACCAACACGCGGCAAAUCAGAAACGGGAAGGAAUCUUAGGGCUGAGUUAACUUUCGCAAAGACUUCUAGAACUGUUACUAGGGACAGGGAAAAAAAUAGGUCAUUUGCACAAUGGCGUCAUUUUACUACUACGACCAGAAUACUUUUCGCUUUUUCUUUCAUAUUUAAAUUUGGAAAUCCCAGCGAGGUUUAAAUAACAAAAGCCUUAAUUUGCACAAGAAAGCAAAACUCUGAAGGAUUCUGGUCGUAGUAGCAAAAUGACGUCAUCGUGCAAAUGGCCUAUGGGCUAAUUGCGCGUUCAUAGCAUUUCGGCUCCAGUCCCCUUCUCGUUUCUAAGUGGCGAAUGGCGGAUCUGUUGUGAACGUGACGUCAGGCGAAAGAGGUUUAUAAGGAAAAGUAUUUUCUGAAGUUGAUGCAAAUAUAAGAGUUGACCCUGGGCUAUGGAGUGUUUUGACUCAUGUGGCGAGCAUCUAUGCAAAUUUAUUGGAACAAAAGAAGGCGUUCACAUAAGAAAAGAGUUCAACUCCCAGAGGACUGGUUUGGGACACCAACAUGGCCGCCGUUUCAUUGUUUUGGGACACCAAUAUGGCCGCCGUGACGUCAUGUGAAAACACUCUAUACUUUUAUCAGCUCUAAUAAAGUAAAUGCAAAUCAUCCUGAUCUUUAAUAAGCCUUUUCCGAGUUGCCCAAUCCUCUAAUUUACAGCGAGGCUAAGUGCAAAGCCAUUGAUAGAAAAUGAAAGCAAAUUUAACUCAUUAUCACAAAAGAGGUUUUGCACUUAGCCUCGUUUUGAAAGUGAGAGUAUUUAUGGAAAUUUUCUGGUUUCCGCAGAAAAUUUCCAAACCCCAAUUGUCCCUUGAUCACUACUGCACUCAUUGUACAAAAGGUUUUUAUGCAUUUUUUAGUGACUGGUGUACAUCCUCAGCUUGUGGAUACAAAAAUCGGUAAACCGCUACUAAAGGAAGCUAUCGAGCACUUCCCCGAGUGGAGCGAGAAAGAUGUAAGCCGAUCAUUAAACUUCCAAAUUUUAGUUAUUUUUUAGUACGGUGUUUUUUCAGUGUGUAACGGAGAGAAGAUCAUUUCAAGGUUUUCAAGCAUUCUAAUGUGCCUGUUACACGAAACCCCAUCUUUCAUAAGAGUAUAGUAAAGUUUUCUUUCUCUCUUUCCGUUAGAUUCAAGAAAUGUUUGAACAAUUUAAGAGGUUUGACACAAACGAUGAUUUCAAUCUCGAUACCCAAGAGGUAAGAUUCACAAAAGCGUAAGGAAACUAGAAAAAUACUACGUAGUAAAACUGACGAAAUUACGUCAAAUUUAAUCGCCAUUAUAUACAACACAAAAAGCAAAAACCGUCUUGUCCAACAGCGUAAACAACAGCUUCACGUGAAAGUACUCCUCAGUGACUUUUAACAGUCACACCGUUAUAAUAAUUCAUUCACAGACUCAAAAGUUAGAACCACUUUGUACAGCAUAAUAAACAGUACCACAGGAAAGUACUGCUCAGUAGCUUUCCUUUGAAUGGUCACACUUUAGGGUUUCAUUCACAGACUCAAAAGUUAGAACUACCUUGUACAGCAUAAUAAACAGUACCGCAGGAAAGUACUACUCAGUAGCUUUCCUUUGAAUGGUCACACUUUAGGAUUUCAUCCACAGACUCAAAAGUUAGAACUACCUUGUACAGCAUAAUAAACAGUACCGCAGGAAAGUACUGCUCAGUAGCUUUCAUGUGAAAGAUCACAAUAUGAAAUUUCAUCCACGGACUCAUCCAUAUCAGUGGCCAAUCCAGACCUUCACAUAAAGAAGGGGCCAAGUCAUCCAGACCCUCAGAUAAGUGGGGGCCUGUUCUCAAAAAAAAAUUUUAAGACCCUUCGGGCCUCAGUUUGGUCUAACAAUAAGGGAGGGGGAAAUGCAGAAUCUUGAAAUUUUAAGAUUUGGCAUGCAGAAUCUUGAAAUUUCGAGAUUUGACAUGCGGAAUCUUGAAAUUUCAAUUUUUGGCAUGCAGAAUAUUGAAAUUUCAAGAAAUAAAUGAAUGGAAACAAUGCAACCGUUCGUCACAUUAGAACCGAGAAAGAAAAUAGGACGAGUUACCUUUUCCAAGACUUCUGGGACUGUUACUAGGAACAGGGGAAAACGUUGGCCAAUAGUUGACCGGCAUUUCCCUAGUUACAAUCCCAGAACAAAUGCGGGAACACAUUUUGGUUCCCAGUGGCCGAUCCAGACCUUGUGAUACGGGAGGGGCCCGGUCAUCCGGACCCUGAGAUAACUGGGAGCCCGGUCUUAAAAAAUUUUUACGCCCUUCGGGCCUCAGUUUGGUCUGACAAUAAGGGGGGGGGGGGUGGUCGGGCCCCCCGGGCCCCUCCCCUAGAUCCGCCACUGAAUAGGCUAUUAGUCGCUUUGAUUUGAAUGGCAAAACGUAAUUGAUUACUAUCCAGAGACUCAGACAGUACUAACGGGAAGUGCUGAUCUUUUUAUCGCUUUCUUCUUUUAACAGCUUUUACGAGCCAUUCCGGAUACGCUGGGUAGGAUGGCCACUACAGAAGAGAUAAAGGUUAAUAAACAGCGCUUCGUCAUCCCUUCACUUUUAAAGGCUGUUGGUUAAAACUGACCUAAAAUCCUCAAAAAUGAAUACCCCUAAACGAAUAAGCCCAAGCAAAAGUACUUUAAAAGAGGUUUCAUUUCAAUGGUCACUUGUUUGUUUUUUUUCCCUUCUCGUGUUUGGAUAUCAGAUGAAACACUCAUUCUCGUUUUUUUGACGAAAAUCUCAUCGUUUUUGGUAAAUUAUCCUCAAACUUGUAACAUUUUACGCCUUACGCUUUAAAAUGCUAACUUGGCAUUUUAUUUACAGGAAGCCAUGUUAGAAGUUGACAUAGACGACUCAGGAACUGUUGAUUUCUUCGAGUUCCUUUGUGUGGCAAGAUUAAUUUCACAAGGGAAAGGUACGUCUGGAGCCUUUAUAGUACCGAAACUAGGCAACAAAUUUUUAUAUUUUUUUAUCGGAAGUAUUAUUUUAAUCUAUAUCCAUAUCUUUUCGUUUUUCAGGGGAAGCAGCUCUUUUUAAGAAGAAGACUUUGACAGCUCUGCAAAAACCGAAUACUCGGUCCAAAGUCUGUGUUGUGCAAUAAAAGUGCAGUAUAUUCCGUUUCGAUACCCCACUUAGUAAACACGAAAUCAUUGAUAUCGUCCAACGUUGAGACGUUGCUUAUAGUUGCCUCAUACCGAAACAUGAGAAUGUUUAGCUUGGAAAUAAGGGCGCUUCCAGAGCUGCCUUGCGCACCUUGACCUCGAUUCACGACGAGCCCGAGUACCAGAGAGCGUAAAUAAUGCGCUUUUGAGAUAAAUGAAAUGACAUUUCCGACCGGUAAAAACGCGUUUAUAAGGACACAGGUGAGAUAGUAAGAACGGAGGGGUGCGUCAAGACGAUGCAUGACAAUUUUUUAACUAGUUCAUGUUAAAGGAUUACCGUGGCACGGACUCAAAUUUUAGUUUACAAAAAUCACCUUCUUUUACAUUGUAAAUGCGCAAUGCAAGGAUGCGAUGCCAGCGAAAGCACUGCUUACAUUUCCCGCUCGUAAGCUUUUGAUAUAUAUUACGCAUUGUAAGUUAA